GGGGUCUGGGGCUCACGCGGGGGCCAUUUUGCUUAAGGCUGCCUCCCGGUGUCGGAGGCGGCCUGGCAGCUGGUGAUAACUGUUCCUUCUCACUUUCUGCAGCCCAGGCCUUGAAGAACUGGAAGGCUGGGCUCCCUCGAGCCCCGCGGAGAUGGCAAUGGUUCCCGCCCGCCAAAGCCACCUGACGACCCUCCAUGGCGACUGCGCCGUCGUCGCUGCUCUUGCUGCCGCCCCUUUCAGCCCCGUGUGUCUGUCGCCUCCAGGGCCGCAGUCGUCCUUCCACCUCAGAGACUGAUGAAAGUCGAAUAGGGGGCGCCAUGAGAGGAGAGAAAAACUAUUACUGCCGUGGAGCUGCCGGGGACCACGGUUCCUGCCCUCCUACACCAUUGCCUCUGGCCUCGACCCUCUUGAUGCCCGCCGAGGCGGUCUCCAGUAGUUGGUCCGGGUCCGGAGGGGCUUUGUCAGCGGGAGAUGAAGAGGAGACCCGGCUCCUUCAACUCCUGCGCACCGCACCGGAGCCUUCAGAGGCCUUGCAGGCACUGCAGGCUGCCCUGCCGCGGCGGGGCGGCCGGCUUGGUUUCCCCAGGCGUAAGGAGGCAUUGUACAGGGCCCUGGGCCGGGUGCUCGUGGAAGGGGGAAGUGAGGAGAAGCGGCUGUGCUUGCAGCUUCUCUCGGAUGUCCUCCGGGGCCAGGGGGAGGCAGGCCAGCUGGAAGAGUCCUUUAGCUUGGCCCUUCUGCCUCAGUUGGUUGUCUCCUUGCGAGAAGAGAAUCCAGCCCUACGGAAAGAUGCGCUGCAGAUCCUGCACUUAUGUCUGAAACGUAGUUCGAGCCAGGUGCUGAGAAUGCUUAUACAACAAGGGCUGGAAAGCACCGACACCCGUCUGAGAGCUUCCACGGCGCUAGUGCUUCCUAUCUUGCUGACCCCUGAGGAUUUAUUGCUUGGCCUGGAUCUCACCGAGGUAAUUAUAUCCCUGGCCCGAAAGCUUGGCGAUCAGGAGAUAGAAGAAGAAUCGGAAACAGCUUUCUCUGCACUUCAACAAAUUGGGGAGCGACUGGGCCAGGAGAGGUUUCAGUCCUAUAUCUCUCGCCUGCCGUCUGCCCUACGGAGACACUACAAUCGCCGCCAGGAGACCCAGUUUGGAAGUCAGGUCCCCUAUUAUUUGGAGCUUGAAGCGUCUGGGUUUCCUGAAGAUCCCCUUCCCUGUGCACCAACUCCUUCCAACAGCAAUCUUAAAUUUGGGAUUAUUCCUCAGGAGCUACAUGCAAGAUUAUUGGAUCAGGAAAACUAUAAGAACCGGACUCAGGCUGUAGAAGAAUUAAAGCAAGUGCUGGGAAAAUUUAACCCUAGUUGUACCCCUCAUUCUAAUCUCGUUAGCUUCAUUAGCUUGCUGUAUAACUUGUUAGAUGAUUCUAACUUCAAAGUGGUCCAUGGCACCCUUCAAGUCCUGCAUUUACUAGUCGUUCGCCUUGGAGAGCAGGUACAGCAGUUUCUGGGACCAGUGAUCGCAGCUUCCAUCAAAGUGCUGGCAGACAAUAAGUUGGUGAUCAAGCAAGAAUACAUGAAAAUCUUCCUCAAACUAAUGAAGGAAGUAGGUCCUCAACAGGUGCUUUGUUUACUCUUGGAACAUCUUAAACAUAAGCACUCCAGAGUAAGAGAGGAAGUAGUGAACAUUUGCAUCUGUUCGCUCCUGACUUACCCCAGUGAAGAUUUUGACCUACCCAAACUGUCUUUUGAUCUAGCCCCAGCACUUGUAGACAGCAAGCGCAGGGUGCGCCAGGCAGCUCUGGAAGCCUUUGCUGUGCUGGCCUCUGCCAUGGGCUCAGGUAAAACCAGCAUCCUUUUUAAAGCCGUCGACACUGUUGAGCUGCAAGAUAAUGGAGAUGGAGUCAUGAAUGCUGUGCAGGCCAGAUUGGCUAGGAAAACCCUACCCAGGCUCACAGAGCAGGGAUUUGUGGAAUAUGCAACACUCAUGCCAUCUUCUGCCCAGGGAAGAUCAAACCAUUUGUCACAUGGAGCAGACACAGACUGGCUUUUGGCUGGUAACAGAACUCAGAGUGCACACUGCCACUGUGGUGACAACACGAGGGACAGCAUGCAAACGUAUGGAUCUUACAGCCCCACUGUCUGCACCCGGAGGGUUUUAAGUGCAGGAAAAGGAAAAAAUAAAUUACCAUGGGAAAAUGAGCAGCCUGCAGAGAUGGGAGAAAACCCAACCUCCAUUUCUAAGGAUCUACGUGACAGUGAGCAACUUUCAACAUGUGAUUUCAUCCCAUCUCCAAAAUUAAAGCCUUCUCAAGGAAUGCCAGUCAAUGAUGAUUUAUGUUUUAGCAGAAAAAGAAUGUCAAGAAACCUAUUUCAGAAUAGUCGGGAUUUUAACCCAGAUUCUCUUCCUACUUGUGCUGCUGGUAAUAGUGGGACUCAUCAGCCACAUUUUUCUGGGAAGUGUGGACAACUUGGAUUUUCACAAAUGUGUGGAAAAACUGGCAGUGUGGAUUCUGACUUACAGUCCCUGGGGACAGCUAAUAGUCAUCAAGAUAAAGUGUACACUAGCCUAAAUUUUGGCAGUAAAACACUACAAACAUUUGGUAGUCAACCAGAGCGUUCUUCAUCAUAUACUGGUUCAAAUCCAAGCCCAGGAACCCUCAUCCUUCCAUCCUAUCCUCUCUCAUCACCUCGAACCAGUCCAAAACAUACAUCUCCACUUACUGUGUCCCCAAAGAAGUCUCAAGAUAAUUCCAUUAGUUUCUCAAAUUCCUGGCCUCUUAAAAGCUUUGAAGGACUAGCAAAGCCAAGUCCACAGAAAAAGCCUAGCCAAAAGCCAUCCGAACCUACAGGAGAAAAUUCUCAAGAAAAACCUCCAGUUCAACUUACACCUGCCUUGGUGAGAUCACCGUCUUCCCGACGAGGCCUAAAUGGGACAAAGCCUGUUCCUCCCAUACCAAGGGGAAUAAGCCUUUUGCCUGAUAAAGCGGAUUUAAACACACUGGGACACAAAAAGAAAGAAUCUGAUGAUAUUUGGAAGAAUGAAAAAGAUAAUCUAACUAUUGAUCUUUCAGAUUUAAAUCUCAGGGAUAAAGAUUUGGAUCAAGAAGAGAUGCAGAGCUCUCUUCGGUCCCUUCGUAACAGUGCUGCUAAGAAGAGGGCUAAGCUGAGUGGUAGCACCUCUGAUCUGGAAAGCCCUGAUUCUGCACUGAAGCUGGACUUGACUCUGGAUUCCCCAUCUCGAUCUUCCUCUCCUAAUGUCAGCUCUUACAGUGAAAGUGGAGUAUACAGUCAAGAAUCGUUGACUUCUUCUCUGUCUACAACUCCCCAGGGGAAAAGAAUAAUGACAGAUAUAUUUCCAACAUUAGCAUCAAAACCUUGUCCAGCAAGACUUUCUUCAGCAAAAAAGAAAAACACUCAUAUUUCCGAGCAAAGCCCCAGUGCAGGAAUUGAAACAUCCAAUGUAAGCAUAAUUGGUCAACGUAUGAACUAUGGAUUUGGAUGUGGUGAUUUUGAAGAUGAGAGGUCACAUGACAUUUUACCUAGUGCUUUAAAAAUUCAAAAUAAGGAAAACUCGAGACAUUCUAAACAUACAAAAGGGCCUUCAUCAAAUUUGCAACAGACUUCUAAUUUUGAUUUCACAUCCAUAAAUACCUUGUCGGAAGACUCAGUAGUCGUUGUUGGAAAAGGUGUAUUUGGAAGUCCAAAUUCAGUACCAGCUACCUGCAGCCAGUCAGUGGUAUCUUCUGUGGAAAAUGGAGAUGCAUUUUCAGCUAAGCAGAGUAUUGACCCACCACCAGGGAUUUAUGGAAAAGCAGUCCAGCAGAGUGUUCCAUCGUAUCUUGAUGUUGAAAAUGAAAAGGAUACUAAAGUAUCUAUUUCAAAAUCUACUUAUGAUAAGAUGAGACAAAAGAGAAAAGAAGAAAAGGAACUUUUCAGCAUUAAAGAUUGUGAAAAGAAGGAGCAGAACUCCUGGGAACGAAUAAAACAUACAGGAACAGAGAAAAUGCCAUGUGAAAGUGACGCCACUCCCGGAGCCAUGCCACAGUAUAAAGAACGGAUACCUUCUGUCACUCACAGUCCAGAAAUAAUGGACUCAUCAGAACUACGGCCAUUUUCCAAACCUGAAGUAGCGUUGACAGAAGCCCUGAGGCUUUUAGCUGAUGAGGAUUGGGAGAAGAAAAUUGAGGGGCUGAAUUUUGUUCGAUGCUUAGCUGCUUUCCAUUCCGAAAUAUUGAGCACAAAGUUGCAUGAAACGAAUUUUGCAGUUGUUCAGGAGGUGAAAAACCUACGCUCUGGAGUUUCUCGUGCUGCUGUAGUCUGCUUAAGUGAUCUCUUCACUUACCUCAAAAAGAGCAUGGAUCAAGAACUGGAUACUGCAGUAAAAGUGUUGUUGCAUAAGGCUGGAGAAUCAAACACAUUUAUAAGAGAGGAUGUUGAUAAAGCUUUGAGGGCUAUGGUUAAUAAUGUAACUCCUGCACGUGCAGUCAUUUCUCUUAUCAAUGGAGGACAGAGUCACUUACACAUUGCAGUAAGAAGAUGUACAGCCCAGCACUUAUCAGAUGUAGUAGAAAUUAUGGAACCAGAACGAAUUUUAUCUGGAACAAAAGAUAUGGCUGACCGUAUAUUACCAGCUGCUGCUAAGUUUGCUCAAGACAGUUCCCAAGAAACCAGGUAUUAUGGUCGAAAGAUGCUUUUCCUCUUGAUGUAUCAUCCUAACUUUGAAAAAAUGCUUGAAAAGUAUGUUCCAUCGAAAGAUUUGCCAUACAUUAAGGAAUCUGUUAAAAACUUACGGCAAAAGGGUUUAGGGGAAAUGCCGCUAGAUACUCCCUCAGCAAAAGGAAGACGAUCUCACACAGGCAGUGUUGGAAAUGCAAGGUCAUCGUCUGUCUCUCGAGAUGCUUUGAAUUCCUCUGACAGAGAGGGAACUGAAGUUCGUGAAGUCACCCGAAAGUCUGUUUGUCGUAAUUCCUUAGAAAGCGCUGAGUAUAUUAAAGUCAUAACGGGUUUAUUAAAUGCAAAAGAUUUUCGUGAUCGUAUUAAUGGGAUUAAGCAGCUUUUAUCAGACACUGAAAAUAAUCAAGAGCUUGUUGUCGGGAACAUUGUGAAGAUAUUUGAUGCUUUUAAAUCUCGACUUCAUGAUUCCAAUAGUAAAGUAAAUCUGGUGGCUCUGGAAACAAUGCACAAGAUGAUUCCUUUGCUUAGAGACCACUUAUCUCCUGUAAUCAACAUGCUAAUUCCAGCAAUAGUUGAUAACAAUCUGAAUUCCAAGAAUCCGGGCAUCUAUGCUGCUGCUACAAAUGUUGUUCAGGCUUUGAGUCAACAUAUAGAUAAUUACUUACUUCUACAGCCAUUUUGCACAAAAGCUCAAUUUUUAAAUGGAAAAGCAAAACAGGAUAUGACGGAAAAAGUUGCUGAUAUUGUUAUGGAACUUUAUCAAAGGAAGCCCCAUGCCACGGAACAGAAAGUGUUGGUGGUUCUGUGGCACCUGCUAGGGAACAUGACAAAUAGCGGUUCACUCCCCGGGGCUGGAGGAAACAUACGGACAGCCACAGCCAAAUUGUCUAAAGCACUUUUUGCACAGAUGGGUCAGAAUCUGUUGAAUCAGGCUGCAUCCCAGCCACCACACAUCAGAAAGAAUUUAGAGGAUUUGCUCGAUACGACUAUUUUAAAUGAAUUAUGAAUCUUUGAGGAAAUAUGGUAUGAUGAACAAAACUGUUUACAUGACAAAUGGAACUUUUUGAAAAUUACAUUUUCAGUGCCUGCACUUCACUUAUAGUAAACUAAGUCAGUAACUAUUUUUUGUUUGCAGUCGAUGAGUAUGUAUCUGUUCCAUAUCAAAACUACCACUUCUACCCAUCACCCAAAACCCCAAAUAAUAUAACUCAAUAUUCAUGAAAUUCAAGGCACAUGAAAUGAAUCCAAGUUUAAUAUUUUUGAGGAAAGUCCUGCUCAUUUGCACUAUUCUAUAGAAACUGCAAUUUGUUACCAUAUAUGUACAAUUAGAUUUGUAAUUAAAAUGUACUUUUUAUUAUGUAAUCAUGUUCUGCUAUGUCUCAUUACUUAGCCUUAUUUUAUGAAGUGGAAAAAAAGUCAUUGAACUAUGUUAUCACCAACAAAACUUUGUGUGCUAUUUGUUAAAAACAUGUAUUUCUUAUCAAUACGCUAAUAGGAUUGUACAGUAUUAGCUUGCCUUUGCUGCUAUGUUUAUGUCAUAUAGUUGCUUAGCUUUUGGGUUUAAUCAUCUACAUAAUUGUGAAAUUUAACAAGUUAUAAUAAAGCAUGAUGACCAAAGUUUUAGAGAACAUUAAACAUUUUAAAUGCACGUUUUAAAAACGUGUUGAAUGUAACCUCCCUAUUUUUGUGUUCAAACACUAAAUUUUUUAUUUCUAUAUUUUGACAUUUAUAAAGGUGUUAUUUUGCUGCCCAGUUGUGUAAUUCUCAAAAAUAGUGCCAGGUCUUCUAUAGCUUUUCUCAGAAUUCAUGGGCUUAUAAGUACUGUAUGCAUCUUUAAAAAAGAAAAGGAAUGUUAUAAAAUAAAUGGAUUUAUUUCU